GCAUCGGCCAAUGGAAGAACUUCCUCCGGCUGCCUCUGCGGUGGGCGAGAGACCACCCAUGGGGGAGAGCAAGGAUUUCGAAGAGGACUGGAUCAAACAGCUGCGGAGGGAGCCCAGUUGGCAGUGUGCUGCUUUAGUGGGGGAAGAUCAACCUCUCUGCCCGGACCUUCCAGAACUCGAUCUCUCCGAAUUAGACGUGAAUGAUCUGAAUGACAACGGUUUCCUGGGCGGGCUGAAGUGGUACAGCGACCAAUCCGAAAUCAUCUCCCAUCAGUAUCCGACGGAGACGUCCAACAUCUUUGAGAAGAUAGAUGGUGAUCAUAAUGAUGAUGAGGAGGAGAUAGAUAUGAAGGAGAUGAGAAGGAGGGGGAGGAGAAGGAGAUAG